AGCAUACAUCCCUGACCAGUGCCCACUAUUUGUGACGUUGUAAGACCAUAUCUAGUAGGUGGGGGCACCUGGUUGCUCCGCAACGGUUCUUUGCAACCAAUACAAUCCAAGAUACAUCAAUAAUUAAGCUUAGAACCAAGACAUCACACCUAAGGUAAAGACGUGAAGCCAACAUUGAACGCGAUUAUCCUGUACUUACGCCUCUCUCAAGUCCCCUUUUCCAUUCUCUUUUACGAUAUUAUUCUCCGAAUACAAUCACAAACAUCGAACCCGGUUUUUUCCAUUUUCCCAAAGCCAAACGUGACUUGACUUGGGAUUCACCGAUUUUCCUAACGAACCAUAUUCUUUCGAAAAUCGUUUCUACUUUAUUUUGAUCAUUAGGAUCUGAGACAAGCCCUCGGGUAAUCUUGGUCGCGACAAUGGCCACGCCAGCGGGAUAUAAGCCAUCACCUCUUGGUUACGGCUCUCCUCGAAGUUCCCCUUUCCGUCGCCCCGGCUCCCCUGCAUCGCCGUCAACACCUAAAUACACCACUCCCACGACCUCGCCCACCAAGUCCAGCGCCGUGCACACUGCCUCUACUCCCUCCAGAUUCGCUGCCACCGUAGAGUCGCCCACGAGCGAUUCCGAUAGUCAGACGCCCCGCGGGUUGAGCCAGACCGCCGAUAUGGCACCAUACCGAUCCCUCGCUUCCCCCGCCCACAUAUCGUCAGCCAGGUCCCCACCGCCGUUGCAAGGGAACGCCCUCUCCCAGCUACAGCCGGCGCAGGUCAGAGUGCUCAGAGAUGGAUUCCAGAUCUUGGAUAGAGACAGUGACGGAGUCGUGAAUAAAGAGGACGUCGCAGACAUGCUCAACCAGUUAGGCCUCCCCUCCAAGCCCUCCGACGUCUCGCAAUUCUUCCCCGCCUCGGGGCCUUACACGACAACGCUAGCCGUAUUCCUCAACUCGAUCGCAUCAACACUGACGGCGAUGUCGCCGCCAGCGGAGCUGCUGUCGGCGUUCGCGGCGUUCGACGAGGACGACAGCGGGCAGGUGGACCUGAUGGAGCUGCGGGACGCGCUGCUGCACACGGCGGCGGAGCCCGGAGAGCGCGCGCUGACGCCGAGCGAGGUCGACAAGAUCAUGGGCGGCUUCAGCGGCCGCCGCGCGUUCAGCAAGAGCAUGGCGGGCGGGCUUGGUCGCCGUGGAGAGGUGUUUCGAUACCAGGAGUUCGUCAACUCGAUCGUCGGGGGCAAUGGGUCGUCGGAGCCGAGCUCGAAUGAAAGUUCGGAGGGGUGAAGGAUAGGGAUUGUGGAUGCGGAUGCCCAUGUGUACCUAUGUGGGGGUGUAUGUCGUGUAUGAGUAUGAGUAUGAAGUCUGAUGAUGAGUACGACUAGUCUAUGGGAUCAAAAGUGAUGGCCCUUCUGUUGUUCUUGUGUUUCAGGACCUACGGUGUAUGUAAGGUGAACUGGUGAAGAAAACACACACAAGUCCCUGCAUGAGAUUACAGCCUUGGGAGUGGGAACUAGACAUAAAGUGUCACGGUGGUUGAAUGAAUAUGGAAGUGCCUUAAUUAUGUAGCCAAUGAAGUAUUCGAUGUUGUAUGGAUAUAAAGAAUAAUACACAUUACGUAAUUAACAGUCUGGUAUAUGCAUAUGAAUGUAUCAUAGUAUAGAUUUAUGUACAUAUAUGUAUGUAUGUACAUAGGACUG